AUGGACAUGGUGUGGCAAGACUGGCAGGUGCACGUGACCUCGACUCCCUCCGAGGCGGGAGGGCCUGCACUUCUCACAUGCGUGGCCCCGGCUGCACUUAGGGAACACUCUUCUGUCGCUGCCUGGUACAGGGACGACUCAGUGUUGCCAUCCGCUGACCACAUGGCUGGCUCCACGCUGCUAGUGGACGAAGGUUGGCGGCUCAUCAUCAGGUCCGUCCGUGUGGAGGAUACCAGGGCACAGUACUCGUGUUCAGUCCUCGACUCACUCACUGGCGAGAGACGAAGAAGCUCGCCAGUCAACAUUGAUGUAGCUCCUAUGAGCGUGUCAUCAGCUCCACGCGGCAUCUCGCACGGCCAGUGGGAGGCCACGGUACGGCGAGGUGGGGAUGUGGUGCUCCCCUGCCUGGUGCAUGCCAACCCUCCUGCCACCAUCACAUGGUACCGUGAAACCGGUGGAGGAGUUCUUCGGGAAAUCCGCGAUGGUGAGGGAGGAGGGCGUUACAGCCGGACUCAUGAUGCGCUGGGCAUCAGAAGAGCGGAGAUAGCUGACGGCGGCCGCUGGGCUUGCAGGGCGGCCAAUGCUCAUGGACACCUGACACUAAGACUACAUGUUGCAGUACGAGCUCAUCUCACUGCACAUGCACAACCACAUACACAGGUCGUGAAUAGUGGUGGCACUGCUAUCAUCAACUGCACGUGGGGAGGGUGGCCGGCCCCUCGACUGGAGUGGCUGCACAAUGGAGUACCACUCGGUGCUGGAGUGGCGGGGGGCAGGGUCAGGGUGCAAAACAAUGGGGAGCAGCUGGUAAUCUCUUCCGUGCACAGAGCUGACAAGGGAGUUUACCAGUGCAUGGCCAGGAAUGAGAGGGACUCCGCUCAAGCUAGCGCUGAGCUGAGGUUAGGAGACACAGCCCCAGAACUUCAGUACACAUUCAUAGAGCAGGUUUUACGACCUGGACAGGUUGUAACUCUUAAAUGCUCCGCUGCUGGCUCACCUCCACCUCACUUUACUUGGAUGCUAGAUGGGCAGCCGCUGAACACUAUGGCUAGAGGACACAGAUACAGCGUGGAACAGUUCGCGACAAAAACGAAUGAUGUAGUGAGCUAUUUGAAUAUCUCAGCCGUACGGUCUGAAGACGGAGGCUUGUACACCUGCAGAGCAGCUAACUCACUUGGAGAAGUGUCCCAUACAUCCAGACUCAAUAUAUAUGGUCCACCGUAUGUGAGAUCCAUAGGUCCAAUUCGGGCAGUAGCUGGACGAGAGCUGGUUCUUUAUUGCCCUUACUCUGGCUAUCCAAUCAGUUCAGUGAAAUGGGAGCGAGAUGGUAACCCAGUAGAAUGGGACAGCAGUAUUGAUGGUGCCCUCAAAGUGUCUCGAGUCGAGCCAUCAUAUGCAGGAGCUUACACUUGUGCGGUGAUGGGCCCACAUGGGGAGAUAGCCAGGCGAGAACUGCAACUUGUUGUUAGCAAUCCUCCAGAAAUAGAGCCAUUCUCAUUUUCUGCCAACUUGCAAGAAGGAAAGCGUGCACAAGUCAGCUGCAGCGUAACGUCAGGCGAUAUGCCUGUCCAUUUCACGUGGCUCAAGGACAACGCACCCAUCCCUUCUAGCUUACAGGUGGAAGAACGGGGUGCUGAUUUUUUCAGCAACCUCGUAUUCAAAGAGGUGUUCGCCCGGCACAGCGGGUUGUACACUUGCGUGGCCUCCAAUACCGCGGCCAAGGUUAACUAUACCGCCGAACUGGUGGUCAAAGUCUCCCCCAAGUGGGUGGUGGAACCUAAGGAUGAGGCGGUGCUGGCUGGUGAACCACUGGCCUUGCACUGUCAGACCACAGGUUCGCCAGCACCACAAGUCACUUGGCUGAAGCAGAGAGGGUCAUCAACAGACUACGUCCCUCUUAUAAACCUGGGUGGCAGGUUUCAGUUCCUAUCAAAUGGAACACUCUGGAUUGAGUCAGCUCUCCCCUAUGACGAGGGGAACUACAUGUGCAAAUCCGAGAAUGGUGUCGGAUCAGCACUUACCAAAACUAUAUUCGUUUCCGUCAACGAACCUGCAAGGUUUGAGCUGACGUCUCACAAUAUGACGGCGCGCCGUGAUGCGCCCACCACGCUGGUGUGCGAUGUGCGCGGAGACAGCCCCAUCAGAGUGACUUGGGCACACAACAUGAACCACUUAGAUCUUAAUACUUAUAGGUUAAGCAUCUCAGAAGCAAAGACUGAUAGUGGUUUAAGAUCCCAGUUGUACAUCAGCCGGGCAGACCGGCAGGACUCCGGAGUGUACAAGUGUCAAGCUGUAAACGCGUACGGUCACAGUGACCAUUACAUUUAUCUUUCCGUCCAAGAAAAACCUGAUACACCCCAUUCUCUGUCUGUAACGGAGAUUCUAAGCCGCGCUGUCCGUCUGUCUUGGAGUCAAGGCUUCGAUGGAAACUCUCCUCUAGUGGGCUACACACUGCAGUACUGCGCUCUAUCAGCUCAAGGAGCCAUCAGGGUCAACCAGUGGGAUGCUGCGGUUACACUUAACGUUUCCGUCCAUGGAAUCGCACAUUCGCAUGUUACCCUUACCAAGAAAGGUGAUAUACAUUAUGAAGCUCUGCUGGGCAGCCUCAAGCCACAUACCGCAUAUAUGAUCCGGAUAGCUGCUAUUAACCAAAUCGAUAGGAGUGCGUACACCGACCCAGUUGUGGUCAAAACUCAAGAGGAAGCUCCGUCAGAAGCACCAACCAACGUGCACGUGACACCUGGCGGACCCGGGGAGCUGCACGUGUCCUGGCGGCCACCACCACGCGAUGCCUGGCAUGGGGAGCUGCUGGGCUACUCCGUCACUUGUGUGGAGCUCAUACCUGAAUCACCACCAACAAGAGUAUCCUGCUCAGCUCUAUCGUCUUCCAGUAUGAAAGUGUCAUGGAACCCGCCACCAAUUGGACAACAUGGCGGCCUCAUACAAGGAUACAAAGUCAUCUACUCACCUUUAACAACAGAUCAUGUGGACGUCGGCGAGAUAAAGCGUGUGACGACAACAGACACAUACCUACACACUCUACGUAAAUACGCUAACUACUCUAUACAAGUACUUGCUUUUACAAAUGCUGGGGAUGGCAAAAGGAGCCUACCGGUCUACUGCAUGACAGAGGAAGAUGUUCCUUCAGCGCCUGAGAAAAUCAAAGCACUAGCGUUUUCCAGCGACUCCGUGCUCGUUAGCUGGUUGCCGCCUGUCCAUCCUAACGGGAUUAUAUCGCAUUACACCGUAUACUACAGAGAAGCGGGACGUUUGGGCAAGCACUCAAGUUUCACAGUACCUGCAGACAAGAAAACCGACACAGAAUUAAUGUUCCAAGUGCGGAACCUAAUGGAGAACCAGUUGUACGAGUUCUGGGUGUCAGCCACUACGGGCUCUGGGGAAGGAGAAUCCACGCUCGUGGUCGGUCAGGGACCUAGUUCUAGAAUCCCGGCCCGCAUCGCGUCGUUCGGUCGCUGGGUGUGGGUGGGCGCGGGGCGCAGCGCGCUGCUGGCGUGCACGUGCGUGGGCGCGCCCGCGCCGCGCUCGCGCUGGGCACACGCGCGUCUGCCCGUCACGCACCACCAGUACUACCAGGUCACGCAUCGAGGACAUCUGCACAUACGAGAAGUAAAUGAGCAGUCGUCCGGAAACUUCACGUGUACAGCGAGCAACACGAUUGGAGAAGAUACGAUAGUGUACGUGGUGGUAGCCAUCAUGCCUCCUGCAGCGCCCACACUCUCCCUGCAGUACACCACUACUUCGAGCAUCAAACUACACUGGCAGCUGCCUGGAGAUACUACAGAACCUAUAUUAGGUUUUCUCCUCCACUAUAAGCAAGCUUCAGAAAGCGAGUGGCACACAGUAGACCUGUCUCCCGAAGUCAACUCCUACACAAUGGACAUGCUCAAGUGCGGUUCUACAUACAAUGCGAAGAUACAAGCUCGGAACAGGAUAUCUAUCGGACCUCCCAGUGAUAUACUGACUGCCACCACAAGGGGAGGACGUCCCAAACCACCAAAACCAGAGGAUCAUGUCCAUAUGAACUCGACAGCAAUAAAAAUAAACUUCUAUGCGUGGCGUGACGGUGGCUGUCCCAUAUUGGGCUUCAGGGUGUCAUACCGGAGAGCUGGAUCAGAACAUUGGAUCAAGGUUGGUGAUGGGUUAAGUUCAGCAAGCCAUGUAGUAGCUGAGUUGACGCCAGCUACUUGGUACGAGCUGGCCGUGGAAGCCUUCAGCGAUGCAGGCAUGGAGCGGGUCACUCUAAAUGCUGAUACCCAUACCCUCGCAGGAGGUCGCAUCCCCCCAAUAAAGCCAUCAUCUCCCCUAUCGGGGGCGUCCCGGCCAGCCUCGAUGCGCACCGUGCUGGUGUCAUGUGUCGCCAGUGGUGUCGUCAUAGUCGUUACCCUCGCCGCCAUUAUUUGUCUCGUUCAUGGAAAGAAGAAAUUCUUCUGCAUUUCAAGUGACCAUUACAUGAGAGACGACAGAAAGCUAAGUGAAAGCAACGAAGCGGAAAGAGAAAAACUUAGAGAAGGACAGAAACUAUAUUCGUCUUCGUCUAUAAAUGGAAACGAAAAAUCGAAUGACGACUCCUCAGCGGAGUUGUACGAAAUUAGUCCUUACGCGACGUUCGGCGUGUCAGCGGCUCACUCGCUGCAGUUUCGAACGCUCGCGAGGCGUGAAGACGACGCUGCGCCACCACACCGUCGACGGCAUCGCGCAUGCGAUCAUUACAGAUACGAUGAAUCGAGUCUGUCUAAAUGCUCGACAGUGGAGGCACGGCACCGCAUGCGCGCUGCAUGCGCCAGCGCAGGGGGCGGCGCGCCCUCUAAUAACUGGAGGGAUACGCACACGGACUCUGACGACAAUAGCGAUAGUGCUGCCAAUACUACUACUAAGGGUUCUGGUACGUCACCCUGCAACAGUGCAUACGGCAGUGGUAGGCGAAGCGCCCGCACGACCAGCAGGUAG